GGGUUCAGCCCUAGACAAUAGAGAGUCCUCUGGUUGAGCGCAUGCGCGGGCACCUGGCGUUGGGUACCUUCGCUGUCGACGCUGAGGUCACAGCACACGUCAAGACGCAGCAGGUGUAGAGCGACGGUUCGUUGUCCAGUCUCGGGCAGAAAGUCGACCACUUGACACUCUGUUGACUCUCGACACGCAAAAAGCUGUUUUGAAGCACCGAGAAGUAGUGCACGUCACCGCGCACCAGGUUCGUUCAACGUAUUCACAAACACAUGCUCUCGUUGAUGAAGAAAAACAAUUUAACAAUCAUUUGUCAAGACUAAGACGGUUUCGAGAGACUGGAGGAGACAAGAUGGAGUCUAGUGGAGACAUCAUCAGUAGUGCCUGUCUAAGCAUGGAGAGAACGACACUUUCAGAGAGUUUAGAGGACAACACAGACGAUGAAGCGGAGGAAAGGGACACCUUCAUGGAAGACGAUUUCACCGACGUCAAGACGAUCAUACCUCCAAAAAAUCUUCAGGAGCUGGUGUCGCAGCUGCACAGGGUGUUCAGACACGACCACAUCAACAUCGACUAUGUGCGAACUCUGAUGGAGUCGUACGAAAGCAACCCUAAAGACUGGAAGAAAUUUGCAAAGUUUGAUGUUCACAGAUACACACGAAACCUGGUUGAUGAAGGAAACGGCAAGUUUAAUUUGAUGGUCCUCUGCUGGAACGAGGGUCAGAGCAGCAGCAUCCACUCCCAUGCUGGCUCACACUGCUUCCUCAAGGUACUGGCUGGCGACGUGAAGGAGGAGCUGUACGAAUGGCCCGAGCAGUCCAUGACGUCACAAACAGACGAGGCUACGACAAUAGAGGCCAAACAGGAGAACGAGAUGAAACAACGGGAGGAGCACCUAUUCCACAAAAACCAGUGCACCUACAUCUCUGACGACAUCGGCUUACACCGAGUGGAAAACCCCAGUCACACCGACAAAGCUGUGACCCUUCACCUGUACAGCCCUCCCUUCGAUGAGUGCUACUGCUUUGACCAGAGGACGGGCAAGAAGCUCACAGCAAAGGUGACCUUCUGGAGCAAGUUUGGAAAGCGGACACCCUUUGGAAAGGAUCCCAAUAAGAUUUGUUCCCGCGAGAACAACUGAACUAAACACCAUGAUGUCCGAAGUCGUGCCAUCAGGGUGCGCAUCAUCAGACUCACAGCAGCUGACGGUGUCAUCCAUCUGGAAAAAAAAUUAUUCUGAAUAUCACCAAUGUCUUUUGACAGGCUUUACUUGAAUGGAAACUGGACUAUCGGGUUAAUCACUAAUUGCUGUUUGUGUAAGCUUCCUACCAUGCUAGAGCUGAUCGGGAAGAAUAGAAAUAGGAGCUUAUAGAGGUGCUAUGAAAAUAAACACGUGUACAUAAUACUAAUUUUUCUUGAUUUUUCAACGGAAGCUGGAAAUGUUUAAUUCAUCUUUUUUAACGACCAGAUUUACACAGAUACUUUUACUUUCUCUACCUUAUUUUCUGUAGUUGAAGCGGUUGUUGAUGAUCUCGCCAGUGUCGUUGGCAUUUCCAAGGAAUCUGGCUGUUCGAUUCCUCACACUGCACCGGCUGAACAAUCGUGAUUUUUCACGGUAUCAAAUGUGUGAACUUUACUUUAAACUGCCUAUUGACACUAUUUUUAAGUUCUUUUAAAAACAUGCUUAAAAAUAAAAAGGUUAACAGAGAGACAACUGUGAUUGAGAAGUUUGUCUAAAACAAUUGGCAGGUGGAGGCCUUCGCAGACAAGUUGAAAGGCAAGAUGGUUCCCUCUAUGUGCUCUGUGUCUCUUGAGUAUUCGGUCAAAAUCCACGCUCUGUCGAAAAUAUUGUACAUAAGGGGUUCUUCAGGGCUUACUGUAUAUUAUCAUAACUGAAUGAGAAUCUUUGCCUUUGAAAAAGGGGUACUUCAAUUUGUUUUGUUAUGUGACAUAACGAGUUUUAUUGUAAAAUAAUGUUUUGUUUAGCAGUUCCGCUUUGAUGUCUGUGAAAACAAACAUUUUCGAUUUAAUCGACUAUUGCAUUUUGUAAUUGAAUGUCAGCAAACAGAAGGUGGUGGUUUUAGCUGCCACGUGUUGUUAUACUGGCAUUGAUGAUGAUUUAGCCUAUUAUUGCAUGUUGAUUAUUUUAAACCGCAGUUUAAUCAACUGUGAGAAGUAAAAUUGGUCAAGCGCAUGUAAACUUACCAUCAGCUAUUGAUUGUCAUUAAAGAAACCUGUACUCUUGUAA